AUAUCAAUAAAAUAAAAAAUCGUUGGUAUACCAAUUUCUCUCCGACUUGUUCACGUCUCUUAUCUGAAGAAGAGCAUUUUUUGUGUGAAUUUGGUACUUCUGGUGAUGAUCGUCGGUUGACGGUCAUCGGCCGCCGGCGUUUUUUUAGUGAUUCGUCGGAGUUGUUUAACGGCGAUGAAUGGGAGAAAAGAACUGUUGAGGACCGCGACGGUGAUGACGAAGGAGGAUGAGAAACGAAGCGGAAGCGGAAGCGGAAAUCAGCAUAAGAGGAUAGGAGAAGUGGCGGGAGGGACGGCGGCGGGGUGUGCGAUGGUAUGUUGUUGUUGUCCGUUCACGGUGCUGCACUUUCUCCUCCUUGCUCUGUACAAAGUUCCGACGGGGCUUUGCCGGAAAGCAUGGAGGAAUAAGAAGCGGAAGAAGAUUUUGAAGAAGAAAAACAAUAUCAAUAAUUCUCCCGGUGUUUACUACACUGACGAUGAUAAGGAUUAUUCCGAUAGCGGCUGCAACGGCGAUAAAAAUGACGGAGGAUCACCGGAAACAGCCGAAUUUGAGACGGAGAUGUGGCACCGAUUUUACGAUGGCGCUGGAUUUGGGAGGAGCUCAUCUCAAAAGGAAUUAGAAGAAGAACAACAACAACAUCAUCAAUGAUUCUCCCGGUGUUUACUAUAUCGUCGAUGCUAAGGAUUGUUCCGAUGAACGUGUCGACGGCGAUAAUCAUAACGGAGGAUCACCGGAAACGGAAUCUGAAGCAGAGAUGUGGGACCGUUAUAAUUCAACUGAACUGAAAAUCUUUCUGCAGUUAAAGUUCCAGUUCAGUUACACUAAAUUCCAUAUUCAGCUAAUUUCGUCAGUGAAAUAUGAAAAAAGUUGAGUAUAAAUACAUUUUAUUUUUAUUUUAUAGAGAUAUAAAGAUUAUUUACGAUAAAUCAAUGUUAUUUAUUACUCUUCUUACACCUAUUUUGAGGAAGAAGAUUUGAAAUGAUGUAUAACUAAUUAGACAUUUGAGCAAU